UUCUGUACGCCAUCCGAACCCAACCAACCACUGUGACCGAAGAACUAUGCUUUAAUUUUAUCUAAUUUUGAAGAGAAUGAACAGCCCAAUCAAGUAAUUGGAGGAGUCGAGCUGCAGAAAAGCUCCAGAUUUGGCACCGAAAAGUAGAAGGAAACAUUCUCACUCCCUCUCCAUCGCUUUCAUUUUCUUCCAAUUUGGCAACCCAUUUCGUUUUACUCAACCAAACCUUCUCCUUCUUCCACCAUUCGCCAAAACCUCUCUUGAAAUCCAAGUUUCACUUCACCCACAUCCGGAUUUGGCUUAAGGGUCCUUCCAAUUCCAAGCUUCCCUCUCUUCUCUGUGCUUUAGCUUGUGGGUUGGGUAAUGACUCACUGUUUUGGAAUUUCAUCUCAUUUAAUUCUAAUGUACUGAUUAAGUGGGAGUGUUGAGCCCUCCUCUCGCAAUAGUAGAGAUUCCAGUAUUAGUAGGAUCUGGGGGAGUGGAAGGAGAAUGCAGAGCUAUUCUCCUGAUAAGAACAUCUCCUACUUGCUUGAUUUUCUUCGGCUGUUUCCGCCUUCUUCUACAUCUUUUUUGGGGGUUCUUUUGUUCUUCUGGGCAAUGCUGGUUCGCUGAGCUAUCUGGGUUUUGUUCUUCUUUGGGAAAAUUGAGAUAGAAUGGGACUUGUUGCUUCCGUCCAGAUUUUCUGCCUGAUCUCUGCCAUUCUGGUUGUGACCGCUGAUUCCUUUGCAUCAAAUGAAGUGUCGGCUCUUAAAACCUUCAAAGAACAAAUAUAUGAAGACCCAAAACGAGCUUUUUCAAGUUGGAAUUUACAAGUUGAAAAUCCUUGUAACUGGUCUGGUAUUGCCUGUUCUCCAGAUGGAGGCCAUGUCAUAAAGCUUAACGUUUCCGGGGCAUUGCUGAAAGGAUUUCUAGCACCAAGCUUGGGUCAACUCAGCUUCCUGCAAGAACUGUAUCUUCAUGGCAACAAUCUGAUUGGAACAAUACCCAAGGAACUGGGGUUACUAAAGAAACUCAAGAUCCUUGAUUUGGGGAUAAAUCGACUCUCAGGCCCGAUCCCUCCAGAGAUAGGGAGUUUAACAGAUGUUCUGAAAAUCAACUUCGGAUCGAACGGAUUGACUGGGAGGCUACCCCCUGAGCUGGGAAAUUUGAGAUACCUCAGAGAACUUAGGUUGGAUAGGAAUAAACUUCAUGGACCCAUUCCGGAUGGUGACAGUUCAGAUUAUACAUCCAAUAUGCAUAGAAUGUAUGCUCCAAGUGCAACUGACUUCUGUCACUCAACUGAGCUCAAGUUUGCAGAUUUUUCAUACAACUUCUUUGUUGGGAAAAUACCCAAGUGCUUGGACUAUCUUCCUAGGUCAAGUUUUCGAGGGAACUGCCUUCAAUACAAUGAUCCUAAACAGCGAACUGCAGCUCAAUGUGGUGCUGGUGCUCCACCUGCUGAAUUGCAUCCAGGAGGCAGCCCAAAGCACAUACCUGUUCAGCAUGCUUCCAUACACCAAAAAACUUCUAAACCUGCAUGGCUCUUAACUCUCGAAGUCAUCACCGGAAUAACCACGGGUUCUCUAUUCCUAAUUGCUGUGAUCACUUCUCUUCGAAGAUGCAAUGGAAAAUCCUCGAUCAUCAUUCCGUGGAAGAAAUCCUCAAGUGGGAAGGACCAUGUUACCCUUUACAUCGACACUGAGAUGCUCAAAGAUGUACCAAGCAUCAGCAGACAAGAGCUUGAAGUAGCUUGUGAAGAUUUCAGUAACAUUAUUGGCUCCUCAUCAGACAGUCUGGUGUACAAGGGCACCAUGAAAGGUGGGCCCGAGAUUGCUGUUAUCUCAAUAUGCAUUAAAGAAGAGAACUGGACAGACUAUCUUGAACUCUAUUUUCAGCGAGAGGUGGCAGAUUUAGCAAGACUAAAUCAUGAGAAUAUAGGAAAGUUGCUAGGCUAUUGUAAAGAAAGCAGUCCAUUUACAAGGAUGUUGGUUUUUGAAUAUGCAUCAAAUGGAACAUUGUACGAGCACCUUCAUUAUGGAGAAGGUUGUUUGUCUUGGACACGAAGAAUGAAUAUAAUUUUAGGCAUUGCCCGCGGACUUAAGUACCUUCAUAGUGAACUUCAACCACCGUUUACUAUAUCAGAGUUGAAUUCUGGUGCUGUAUAUCUUACCGAUGAUUUCUCACCCAAGCUAGUUGACUUUGAAAGUUGGAAGACCAUUCUUUCAAGGUCAGAAAAGAACUCAGGAUCCAUUGGAAGCCAAGGCACCCAAUGUAUUCUUCCAAAUUCUCUUGAAGCGCGCCAUCUCGACAUCGAAGGUAACAUCUAUUCAUUUGGUAUCCUUUUACUGGAAGUAGUCAGUGGGAGACCUCCAUACUGUAAGGACAAAGAAUGCUUGGUAGACUGGGCUAAGGAAUACCUCGAAUCACCGGAUGUGAUGUCUUGCUUGGUAGACCCAGAAGUGAAGCAUUUUGCACAUGAAGAUUUGAUGGCGAUAUGCGAGGUGGUAAAUCUUUGCAUUCAUCCACAACCCGCGAAGCUGGUUUGUAUGCAGGACUUAUGCAACAUGUUAGAGACCAGAAUCGACACCUCGGUCUCAGUUGAGUUGAAGGCGUCUUCUCUUGCUUGGGCUGAACUUGCACUUUCUUCAUAGAUGAUGUUCGAGCUAACACAGAUGAUCAGAUAUAUAUAUAUACAUAUACACAAAUGUAAUAGUUUUUCUUUUCUUAAUUUGAGUUUCUUUCUGUGUUCUUGUAAAUGCUUUGAGCGCCAGAGCAGAUGAAAUUCGUGCAUAAAUGCAUCAAAUGAUACAGGAAGGAAGCCCCUAAUCGUAAAAUGUUUAAAUUAAAGCAUUAAGGAGGUCUCCUCACAUUGUGCUUUAUCGUAAUUAAUACAAAUGAAUGCGUUCAUCUUC